AUGAAACUCUUAAGUUGGAACUGCCAAGGGCUUGGGAACCCUUGGACAGUUCGCAGCCUUCGCAAAUUGGUGAAGGACCAAGCUCCCAAGGUGUGUUUCUUGAUGGAGACUCGGUUGGAUAAGGAAGGGUAUGAUAAACAUUGUAAGGAAGUGCAUUUUCAGAAUAAAUUGAUAGUGAAGAGGCCGAAUUCAGGGGGAGGGUUAGCACUACUAUGGAGCAAAGAAGUUAAUUUGGAUGUUAUUAAUUAUACAGACAAUCACAUUUUAGCAAAGAUGGUGGAAGAAGAUGGGUUUGUUUGGUAUUUGACAUGUUUCUAUGGAUGGCCUGAUGCUAGUCAGAAACAAAAAUCAUGGGCACUCUUGAAGCACCUCUCUACUUUCGUUCAAGGACCGUGGAUGUGCAUUGGGGAUUUUAAUACUAUCCUACACUCAUCUGAAAAACAGAGUAGUCAUCCACCUCCUUAUAAACAGAUGGACGACUUUCGGGAAGCUCUGGAUUUGUGUAACUUGGUUGACAUGGGGUUCAAUGGGUACCCAUUCACGUGGAACAACAAAAGACCUGGUAUUGCAAACACUAGAGAGCGGUUGGACCGGGCUGUGGCUAAUUUGGAGUGGAGGGUAAAAUUUCCAACUAGCACCUUAAUUCAUUUAUUUUCCCAUGCUUCUGAUCAUAGUCCUUUACUGUUGCAAACAAGUGAUGAGGGGGGUCUGCGAAACAGAGGGGUCCAAAGCUUUAAGUUUGAAGAAAAGUGGCUUUUGUGGGAGGAGUGUGAAAAGAUUGUUGCUGAAGCUUGGUCCAAAGAUUGGAGAGCACCGACCUCACUGGCAAACACAAAGGAAAAGAUUGGGCAUUGUGGGGCCGAAUUGCUUGCCUGGGGUUCUUCUAGGACCCAUCCUAAUGCCAAGGAAAUUAAAAGAUUGCAGAAACAUGUGGAGCAGUUGAGUGUUGGGGUUAUGACUGAGGAGAGCAAGGCAGAAUUCUUGGUUGCUAGUAAAAAGCUUGACGAUCUGUUCCUCAAACAGGAGAUAUAUUGGGCACAAAGAUCUCGGGUUAAUUGGCUGAAGCACGGGGAUAGAAAUACUAAAUUUUUCCACUCCAAAGCCUCAUAA